GUCUUAUUAAGUAGCCAGAAACACCUGGACAAAGGGAGGGACUACGAUUUCAUUCAUCCCUGGCUGGGCUUGAGUCUUCUGACUUCCACUGGCAGUCACUGGCAUACACGCAGGAAGCUACUCACUCCAGCAUUUCACUUCAAGAUAUUAGAAGAGUUUAUGUCGGUCUUUAAUAAACAAAGCAACAAGCUGAUCCAAAAACUGGAGAAGAAAGCUGAUGGAAAUACCUUCGACAUAUAUGAUGACCUUACCCUCUGUGUCCUGGACGUUAUUUGUGAGACAGCAAUGGGACGCAGUAUCAACGCCCAAGAAGACAGUGAAUCAGAAUACGUUGAAGCUGUGAGGAAGAUGUCCGGGUAUUUGCAACAACGCAUUUAUCGCCCCUGGCUACACAAUGACUUCUUGUACAAGCUUCUGGGACCUGGCAAAAAUUAUGAUACAAACCUCAAAAUUAUCCAUAACUUGUCCAACAGCACCAUCAAUGAGAAGAAGCAAAAUAAAAGCAGGAGGAAUAAGUCACUCAUUCAGGAAGAUGAGGAAAAUGCAAUGG